GAAUUACGUGAAAUAAGAAAUUUGAUAACGAAAGGCGUAUAUGAAGCACUAGACACCGCCGAGACUUCUGUUUGCAAAGUUAUUGAAUUGAGUAGAGGUGUCUUAGUAUAAAUAUUACGGAACAACGUUAGCAAACAAAAUUUUGCAUUUCUUACUGGCUUAAAUAUACAGAUUAAUGUUCUGAUAUUUUACGAAACUAUUAAGCUUUAUAUAGGGAAAAAUUCAAUUUUGAGAUCCUUAAUUCUUUUUUGUUUGUAAACGCCUUCGCAAAUAUUUUCAAAAUGGAUAUUAAAAAGAACAUGGAUUCCAAUAAAAUCGAAAAUAAUGCUAACCCAAGAGAGAAAAAUGGAUUUAAAAUGACUAAAAUUAUCGCGGCAUUGAGCGUUCGGUUACUUCUCGUGCUUCAUAACAUUCUCGCGGUUUGGAGAGUGACUAUAUCACGUGACAGCUCGAAUUUCUGGGGCCUGGCAGCCCUUAAUAUACUGAUACUUGUUGAAACUGUUCUCGUUAUCCGGAAUAACUAUGGAAAUGAAUGGAAAUGGUGGUGUCCAUGUUUCUUGACGUAUUUGCUCGCCACAUUGCCUUCCAUCUGGCUUCUUCAGCUUAGCCUGUAUGACAGUCUAGUUUCCGGGGACUCGGUCUCUGCCAUUCAACCAACACCCCAGGGCCAGGCCGCUGACUUGUCGACGUCAUCCUUGUCUCUUAAUGUAGGGAACCAGUCAGCUGCACCAUCAGUUACGCCAUCUAUGACGUUAACAACUAAUGCGUCUACAGUUGGUACAAGUUCAACCACAGAUGGAGGAAUAGCGACAAGUAUUGAUGAAAUCCUUGCACUAGAAGAUACUACAUGGAUAGUGGUGAUCCAGGAGUCACUCGUGUACCUCAUAGUAUUUGGGCGUUGGAUGCUUCCACGUGCUGAAGUAUCACGAGCUGCACUCUCUGACCUUCUACUAGAAUACCUCGCCAUGGCCUCUGAUAUAAUGGAACUAUAUGCUAUAUUUGAUGAAGACGUUGUACAACGUGACCUUGGAGCUACAUACGCCAUUCUUACCAUAUGGUCAAUCAGCUUUUUUCAGUUUGUACCAGUCUUAGUAUUCAAACACAAGUACCGCCAUUUACACAGUCCACGGAUGAAGAAAAUCAAUCGCGCAUGCGGGGAAUAUUUUUCGGAAGUAGUAGUAACAGUAACAAGUAUUGUACUUCAAGACGGACCGUUUCUGGGUCUAAGACUCUAUAUCAUGCUGAGGUUUGAACUGAUUACUUACAGUUUGGUGUUUUUCGUACUGAAGAACAUUGUAGCAGUACUUCUGCUGCUAUAUCGUCUGGUUAUCUUGUGUAUACGGCUUCCAUGCUGUUACUAUGAGGAAGGGGAAGUUGUUGACGUUGAAAGUGUGGACUUUUCACAUCCAGUAAUGCCUCAAGUGAAAACAGAAAUGUUUAGAAGAUUAGGAUUUUAAGAUGCGCAUGCGUAUUUUAACCGCUUGUGUUUAUACAGAAAAUGUUGAGGUGGUACUACGUUUUGAAUUACCGGUGAAUGACGGAAACACAAAAGCCAGUUCUUUUCAAAAAUCAUGACGAUAUGAUUCAACUUAAUGUUUUUAUUUACCCAUACGAAAGGGACCAUUCUUGUGUCUUAACAUGGAGUUUUGGCAAUAACCAGCAAUAAACUAAAACAAUGGAAAUUCUUACGAGAGUUCAAUGAGAGAGAGAGAAAAAAAGCAAUUUCAAAUAUUUAUAUGUAACGUUGUAAACUACACAGUACAAUAUCCUACCAAGAUACUCACAAAACAAAUGAGAGAUAAAAAUAAUUUUGACAGAUCGUGAAAAUUAAUGAUGUUAGAUGACUCAUGACCUAAUUCAGAUUUGCUGUUAUUUCUACCGUUUGGUUAGACUUUCUUACUUUUGUAAAUGGCUGUUAAAUGUUAAAAGAUCAACCAAUACUUUAUAUUCAGAGCUUGGGAGAUUUCUUUUAUAUAUAAACAGAUAUGUUCGUAUUGUAAAUACUGGUUGAAAUUGUAUGGAUGUAAAUCGGAUGAUUGUAUUAUAAGUACUAUUGUAAAAGCAUAAAAAUUGAAGAUAUAUUAUAAUAAUAGAUCAGUUAACUGGUCAUCAAAGGUGCGAGUUUUACUGUAGAACGCAGGUUUUGCAGAUGUUUUGGAAUUCCCCAGAUUAGUAAAUAUUAGUUUAUUCAUACCAUUGUUUAAGGGGUAUAUAUAUGACAGAACGGCGCACUACCUACUAUGUUAUCAUAUACGUCUUUGUUCCUAUACAGACAAAUUAAAACUUGCUUUAAUCGUGCUGAAUAUCUUAUCAUUAAGUAUAGAAAUGUUAUUUCUAAAUAAAGGUUGAAAUCACACAAUUUGAACAUCGGAACUGGUCGCCAUAGAAACAUUGAAAGGAAUCGUAUGUAACAAAAUGAUUUAGGAGACGAGUAUCACUUUGUUUUAGUGCGUCCAUUUUACAAUUUUACAACCAGUUUAGGAAUAUGUAUAUUCCAGGAUACUUUAGAACUCGUCCAAGUUGCUUAAUUCAGAUAAAAAAUGUGUUCUACACAAAUUACCAUUUUUGUAAAAUAAUGUUUCAAAAUAAGAAACGAUUAUUUAAAUAACUAAUGAUUCUAUCGUCUGUUUAUUUUUGUAUUUUUAACGGUAUAUGACGAUAUAAAAAGAUGAUCACUCUCAAAUUUCUAAAUUGUCAAAUGUAAAUGUGUACUAUGUGUAUGUAUGAUUUGACACAUUAUGUUCAGUAAAGUUGUGACUGUCGUGUAAUGGUGUGGUUUGGCGAUGAGAUGUAUGCUUCAGUCAAAAUAAAACUUCUGUUCUGUUC